ACUAAGCUCAUAAUAGCAACCCCGUCCGUUUAAUUACGUUCCAAUGUAAAGAGUGUAAUAUUAUUCGUUUUCCAUUUGAAACUUGAAAUUAAAUCAAUUAACUAUAAUUAAAAAUUUCAACAAUUUUCCAUUUAUGUCAUUCACGUGAGAGUGUAAUAAGUGGUGAAGAAAUUGGAGCUAAAAAUAUUGUUCGGAUAUGUGAGUUGGUUUAAUAUACUUUUCUCAUGUAAAUAUUACAGCAGUGGUGAAAGAUUUCAUCUUCAAUAUUUACUUGAUUAAUUUAAACAUGAAAAAUUAAGGAAAGAAAAUGAAAUGACUUUUUUUUUUUUUUUAAAUAAUGAAGGAAUUGAAAAUAAUUUUGAUAGCAUCGUCAGUGCUGCAUUUACACAAAUAGAUAUUAAUUACGUAAUCAAUUGAAAUAAUUCUCGUUGAUUGUCUUUAUUUCUUUAUGAAUGAUCAUUAUUCGUGAUAUAAUCGAUAUUUUCUCAAAUAUUUAUUGAUAGAAAGUGUGAGAAAUGUCAUUAAAAUUCUUUUUUUGAAUAAAGAUUUAUGAAUAAUAAUGAUUUGAUGUGUCAGAGAAGUGUCAUUCAUUAAGAAUAAAUACGUUGGAAGAGUGUUGAUAUAAUUGAUGAAGAAACCUUUAUCUAGAGAAGUGAAUUCUAUCACAGAUGUAUUCUCUUCGUGAUUGAUCUAAAGAUAAAUUUAAGCAAAGUUUAACAUACAACAAAAAAAGUCAAAUAAAUUCACUUAAUUAAAUAAAAUAAGCAUUUUUAAAUCAAUGGCCCUCAGGUGGUUUGAAGAGAUAAUUGCUUCCGUUGUUGAUAAAUAAUUUAUCUUAAAUAUGCAUCACACGUUCGGAAGUGUCAAAGGUGACACACUGUGUCCCCUUGGCUUUCAUCCUCAAGUGCGAUGGCCAACACGUUGUAAAAGAUGCUUCAGGGAUUAUAAGGAUCAUUCUGGCAAGCGAAGCUUGAAUAAAGUUGAUACUACAUCUUCAUCACCAAGUUUAUCCAGAUGGGAACCAUCUCCAAAUCGAUCCAGUGAAAGUCCUGAAUCAAAGCGAAUCUGGGCUUCAACUUCUAAUUUAGCUAAAGAUGAAAACCAGCCGAAAAUAAGCACCUCUUCGGCAUCUGCUGAAUGGAGUGCUUCUGCAAUUGAUAUUCCAAGUUUAGUUGAAUCAUCCACGCCCACUUGGCAAGAAGAUAGUACAUCAAGAUCCAGAAAUUUUACUGGAUCCAAGUCGGAAAGCUUUCAUCAUCGACGUCAUUCUAUUGAUGAAACUUCUCUUCAAUCAUCUAGUAUUAAUGAUCGACCAGCCAAAUUACAAAUUAAACAAGUAAUUAAUAAAACUUCCGGUAAUUCGGAGAAUGACGUUGAAUUUAUUAUUCAGGUGCGGAAAAAAAAUAAAGCUGAAAUUGAAGAUGCAGUGGAAAAUAAAGAGAAGAGUGAAACCGAGAAUCUGAAGACUCAGCUGAGUGAAUUAAAAGCACGAUGUGAGAAGGCUGAGCGUGAAAAGAGUGAAAUUCUACUACGGAGACUUGCGACCAUGGAUUCUAAGGCUUCCAAGAGUUCAGAAAUAUCGAGGUUACAGAAAUCGUUAAAAGAAUUAACAUCUAAGAAUGAAGCCUUGACUGAGGAAAAAACGACUCUCCUUGCAAAGUUGAAAAAUCUGGAAAAAGAGAAUGAAUCAAAAGGUGGUGUAAAGAGCGAGAGAGAAAGAGCUACCGAAGAACUCAAGUCGAAGCUCAAGGCCGCGGAGACUCUCUGUGAAAGCCUUAUGGAUGAGAAUGAGGACAUGAAGAAAGAAAUACGGGAAUUGGAAGAAGAAAUUUAUGAGAUGCAGGAUAAUUUCAGAGAAGAACAGGCGGAUGAGUAUACAAAUUUGAGGAAAAGCUUGGAGCAAUCUAAUAAAAAUUGCCGAAUUCUUUCAUUCAAGCUAAGAAAGCUAGAACGAAAGACAGAACAGUUAGAAACGGAAAAAAAUGAUUUAGAAAAUAAGUAUGAUGAGACUAGAAAGAUAGACGAGAUCAUGAAAAAGAUAUCCAAUGAUUUUAAAAACAAAAAACUUAAUAAGAAUGAACACACAAUAAAAUCAGAACUCAAGAAGACGUUGGAAAAUAUAGGAAAAGAGCUUGGUGAUUCAUAUGUUGGUUUUAUGAAUAUCAUGCAACUUGGAUUGGAUUCGCCGGGUUUAAAAGAACAAGAUAGUACCUUGAAAUAUGAUAAACUUAUAAAAGACAAUGAAUUAUUGCAACAAAAAUUGGAUAAUGCCUUGAAAGAGUUAGCCAAUGAGAAAGAAUCUAAUAAAUCGAGUGGAACCAGUCUUAAAAAUGAUCCUCUUAACUUGAAAAAGAAACUGAAUGAAGCAACCGCAGCAAGAGAAUCUGAAAGGAAGGCAUGGGAUUUGGAGAAAACAAAACUUCAAGAGGAGAAGGAGAAACUGAAAUCAAAAUUACUUUCGUUGUCAGCAGAAAAAUUGAAAAUUUAUAACGAAGUAUUACAAUUGAAGAAAGAUUUAGAAAUAGCAACAUCUUCAGAAAAAAAUAAUGCUAAAAUGGAAGCAACUAUUAAUGAUCUGAAAAAAGAAUUGAGUUCGGAGAAAGAAAAGUGUAAAAAACUACAAGACGAUUUAAUAAUAUCAACAGAAAAAGAAAGUCGAGUGUCAAAAAAUCUAGCCAAAAUGGAACAAACAAAAACCACGAUGGAAAGCGAAUUAAAACGUUUGAAAUCUGAGUUUGAAAGUAUUAAAAGUACAACAUCGACUAAACUUGCGAAAGUGACAGGAGAAUUGGUAGAGGUGAAGAAAGAUAGGGAUAAAUUAAAAUCUCAAGUUGAAGAGGAUAAAAUCGCUAAAGAUAAUGAAGUAGGAAGUUUAAAGAAAAAAAUAUCAGCUUUAGAAAAAGCUGGUGCUAAUGCAAAGAAGAUGAAUGAAUUGAAGCAAACAUACACGGAAAAAAUAGCAAUAUUGGAAGAAGAGAUGAAGAAGGGUCAAGAGCAGUUCGAUGACUUACAUACAAAGCACGCAGCCCUGCAAGAUGUCAAGCGAGAGUUAGAAAGUCAAGUAGAGAUGUUGAACAGACAAACAAUGGAACAUAAAAAUGCAUUGGAAAGUGCAGAGACACGAUUAAAAACACUUGAAGAGAACAUGAAAGCCAAGGAGAAUAGUUGGUCAAAAGAAAAAGUCCGGCUUGAGGAAAUGUUAAGAGAACGUGAAAGGUCAAUGGCGAUGAAUGUUCAAUUUGAAGAAUUCAGAGAAGAAGCCAGUAGACUGGGAAAAGAAAAUGAAUCUUUAAGGAUACAGUUAGAAGAUAUGAAAAAGAAUAACGACGAUUUAUCAAGUAAAUUAAACGAUUACAACGCUGUAACAAAAAUUCAAAGGAAUUUAUCUGCAGACUCUUCAGCUUUAGACACUGAAUUAAGAAAAACAAAAAAUGCACUUGUAGAGGCUGAAAAAACAAGAAAAACUGAUCUUGCACAAUGUAAAAUGCGAUAUGAACAGAGAAUUAAGGCAAUAAAUGAUGAGAUUCAAUCAAUACAAAACCAAUUAUCACGUUACAAGCGUGAAAGAGAUACUUAUAAACACAUGCUGGAAGGUGCUCAAAGAACGAUAGCUGAACUCAAGUCUACUCGGCAACGAAGACCAUCUACAACAUCCACUGGAAAAUCAGAUGAGGAUGAAGAAUCUACAGGCACAAAUAUUUCUACGCUCGAGCGACAAAUCAGCAUGAUGGAAGAUGAGUUAUCAGAAAGUAAAUUGGAGACUUCAAAGCUUAAGACAGAACUCGUUUCAGAACGAUCUGGUUGGCAGAUCAAACUGUCAGAAAUGCAGUCAAGAAUAAAUGAGCUAGAAGAAGAGCGAAUACUUGCUAGUGGGAGAACGAAAAUUCCAGGACUUAAGGCACGUAUUGAGCUUGCUUGGCAAAAGGAACGAGAAGAACAGCAAAGGCUGUUACAAGAAACUGCAACGCUUGCAAGAGAUCUCAGGCAGACGUUGUACGAGGUCGAGAGGGAGCGUGACAAGGAGCGUCUAGAAAAUAAACGCCGCCAGGAGCAAACGAAAAAGAUAUUUGAUGAAGAAAAAGAGGAGAGUAAAAAGAAAUUGAUCGAGCUUCAGUGUGACCUUCUGGAACUAAGAGACGCCCACGCCAAGUUAAGGACGAGCAAUGAGAAAAUGCGAAGGGAAAAAGAAAGACAUGAAAGGGAAAGAGAAGAAUUUAAAGAUAUUCUUGCUAAUAAAAGAAGGAUGGAACAAAUUGAAGCGAAAAAUAUUAAUGUUCUGCUUAAACAAGUUGAUGAUCUUAUGAGAUUGUUCCCUGAGUUAUCUGGUAAGACGGAGAAUAAUGGAAAAAUGGACAAUUAUACACCAACACCUCCAAGAAGAACUAAAGGACCAAAGUCAAGAGAAUCUUCGCCGAUGCUUGAAACUAAAGAUGAAAUUAAAGGUUCCAUGACUAAUCUUGGAGUAAGAAGUGAAAAACUAGAAUACACCAUUAAAAAAUUAAUGGAAGUAACAAAAGAGAUUCAAGAAACUAAAAAAUUAUCAGUUGGAAAUGAAUUUUCAUCAAAGAAAAAGCUUACAAAACGUUCUAGUUCUAUUGAUGAUGACAGUGGUAGAGGUUCGUCAUCAAGCCGUUCGUCUAGACCAAGUCUCAAACGUAAAAGUCUAUCAUUAGAACAGACUUCCGUGAAGAAUGAUCAGUUGAUUUGGGGAACAGAUAGCAAUGUAUCGAGUAUGCAGUCAUUGGACUCAGAGGUCGAUACUCGUCAUUUUAGUAUGCAGAGGGAUUCUAGCGUAGACAGUCGACUAUCUGGAGGUUCCACUAAGAGCGAAAUCUUGCACAAGGACAAAAAAUAUAACAAAAAUCUCAUUCGAAAAAUAACAACUAAACUUACAAAGUCUGCUAGUGUCGAUGAUCCCAGCUCUUCUUACGACUUUGGUCUUCAGACUUCCGGCUCUGAGGCAAGCAUAAUAGAUGAUUCGAAAAGUGAAAAGAAAAACUUGAAGAAAAAAUUGAGCGAUAUGUUUAAACGAUCAAGCUCUAAAAGCAAUGGUUUGAAUAAAAAAUCAUUGGACGAGUCGAGUAGACCUGCCUCAAGGACAUCCAACACAUCAAGAAGAUGAGGUGUCGUUUAUAAGAUGACAAAAAAGUCUAACCCGGAUUUUCUCGACAUCCAACACGGCAUUUACCUCGUAACUUAAUCGUGAUUAACGAUGAGUGUGUUCUAAACGAUGCGUAAUAGUUUAUGACAAGUUAAUUUUAAGUUAGUUAAAAAUUCAUGCAUCAAAAAAAUAUUGUCAAGCAAGCAGUCGAGAUAAAAAUUCUGAAAUUCGAAUGUUGUCUGGUGCAAUUCAGCAGCUGGUUUACGUCCGAGUAAGGAAAAAAAAUGAAUAAAUUAAUUAUUAAACAGGUA